CGGUGAAAUACAGAUUUAGAGCAGGAAGUUGAAAUAACUAUGUUUGAGUCUUGGAAUCCUUAAACGAAGGACAAGCAGCAAAUGAAAGACAAGCAGCAAAUACAAUUUGUCCUUUAUAACAACUCCCAUGGCAGCUGCUGAAUCAUUUAAUCAAGACAUCGUAUUUGCCCAAGACCUGAUAUUAUGUAGCCUUUGCAGCAACAGUGUAGAACUCUACUGCAAACUAUGUGGCAUCAAUAUAUGUGGAGGCUGUGCAGGAGGGCAUAUGUUAUCUACACCUGAAAAGAAACACGAUAUUGUAAAAUAUGAUAAGAAGUAUCUUAGUAGUCCUAAACCACAAUGUCCAAGCCAUAUUGACCAGACCUGCGAGCUCUUUUGUGAAAAAUGUGACAUUGCUGUUUGUGCGAAAUGCAUAUCUAGCAAGUCUCAUUUUAACCACAGUAUUGUUGAAAUUUCAAGUGUUUUCAACCAAAAAGUUAACUUCAUAAUUCAAGAAACAAAAUCCCUGGAAGAAAAAAUUGCCCCCGAGUAUGAGAAAAUUCCUAAAGAGUUAGAGGGAAAAGUGAAAGCCUUAAUGAAUAGUAAUGCAUUACUUAAGGAACAAAUUACAAAUUACGGUGAAGAAUUACAGAAGCAAAUUCAGGCAGCAGUCGAUAAAUAUGUGGACCAAAUUGAAACGAUGGAAAAACAGGACAUUGCUGACUUGAGGGAAAACAUUUCCAGAUUCCAAAAUGUCACAGGGGAAAUUCAUCACUCAGUUCAACGAAACAAGGAAAUGUUGAAAUCUAAUGAUGUCCAGAUAUUUGGUUAUCAGUCUAUUGUAAAGAAGUUUCAGAAAGUUCCGUCACGUAUUAACUUUACUCCACCUUAUUUUACACGUGUUGUUAACAGGGGAAAACUUUUCGAAAACAUUGGAAUGUUAUCUGUAUCGACUGCGAGGCUGGAAGAUGAGUAUUUAAUUCCAUUGACGGAGCAGCUACCCAUGGCCCGUUCUUACUACAGGGAACUUCUCCCAAAACCGAUGAUUACUGCAACAGUAGAUUGUAACUAUAAGGAACUAUACAAAAUAAGUUGCCUAUCUACUGAAGAGGCAUGGAUAAGCGGCUACGACAAAACGAUGACAAGAGUGAACAAAAGAGGAACAGUCCUUGAGGUAAUAAAAACCAAGUCUGGACGCUCAACCAAUGGUAUUUCUGUUACGAAAACCGGGGACCUGUUGUACGUUGAUUGUUAUGGAAGAAGGAUCGAAAUUGUUAGGAAAGGGAAAGUGAAAGCGAUAAUCAAAACGGAAUGGAAGCCAACAGAGGUUUGUUGUACACCUUCAGGAGAUGUUUUAGUUUCUAUGUGUAAUGACAAGUCCAACAAACUAUUUAAGGUGCAAAGAUAUUCUGGGGAUACAUAUGAGCUAAAGCAAGAGAUCCAGUUUGAUGAAAAUGAUCGGUCACUUUUUAGCUGUACAGGACCCCAUACUGCGAUUGUCACUGCUGAAAACAGGAAUGGAGACAUCUGUAUUGCAGACUGGAAUGCUGGAGCCUUGCUUAUUCUAGAUAAAAGUGCCAAACUGAAGACAACUUACACUGGCUUUCAGGGCAAGGUAUUUGAUCCUAGGUAUGUGGCCACAGACAGCCAUGGACACAUUCUAGUCUCGGACUAUGACAACAACUGUGUACAUAUUCUCGAUGAAGCUGGAUGUCUUGUUUCUCUCAUUGAGUAUCUUAGAAAACCCGAGGGCAUAGACGUGGAUGAUGAAAAUAAUCUUUGGCUGGUGGAAAGAGAAGGAAAACUCAAAAUCAUCAAAUACAUGGAAUAGAACCGAAUUAGGAAAGAUGUGUUAAUUAAGUAAAAUUCGUUGUUGUUUCCCAAAAAGAAACCUCUGGUGUAUACAUCGUUAUCCGUUCUGUUCUGAGUUAACUUAGAAUAAUUCACAUAUAUGCUUAGAAUAUUAUAUAGAUGAGAUAAAAUAUGCUGAUCUCUGCAUGGUACUAUAUAUAUGUAUACAUUAUUCGUCCAAGCAAGAUGUCUUUUUUUUUUUUUUAGAAAUAUUCAGAGAAAUAUUUAGAUAACAUGUAUUUUUUUUCUCCUUCUCUUUCAAAUAUUCAGGGAAAUAUUUAGAUAACAUGUAUUUUUUUCCAUAUAGAUUUUUUAUUUAUACUAUUAUUAAAUUAAUUACUUAUACUUUACAAUGCCUAUAUAUUGAUCAUCUAAAACAAAAUCCUCC